AUGUUAGCAAGUUCCUUAGUGGCGUGCUCUCCAAUAUUUCGUAUCUUUACACUUUGCUUCAGAAAGCAAAAACAACACACUUUAUCAGUGACGAUUUUGGAAUGCAAAGAGUUGCCAGCUAUGGAUCGGAAUGGAAUGUCAGAUCCAUACGUAAAGUUAUAUUUAUUGCCCGAAGGAAAACAAAAGUUCGAGACAAAAAUUAAGAGAAAAGAUCUGAAUCCAAUUUUCAACGAGACUUUUGCUUUCAAUGUUAGUAUUACAUAUACAGAACUUCAGUGCAAAACCCUCCAAUUGAUAGUUUAUGAUUUUGAUCGACUGAGAAAAGAUGAUCGCAUCGGACAAUUAUCGAUUCCACUAGAAAAAGUCGAUUUCGGUGUUACAGUAGAACAGUGGUCUCGAUUGAAUCCUCCUGAAGAAGAAGAUUCACGACUAGGCGAUGUUUGCUUCUCGUUACGAUAUCGACCAGCCACAGCGAUUAUGACAGUUACUAUAAUGGAGGCUAGGAAUCUAAAGAAAAUGGAUGUAACCGGUUCUUCAGAUCCAUUUGUUAAAUUGCAUUUGUUCAAUGGCCGAAAAUUGUUGUCAAAAAAGAAGACUACUCGAAAGUACAAAACGUUGAAUCCAUAUUACAAUGAAAGUUUUCAGUUCAAAGUGGAACAUGGACUCCUAGAAAAAGUACAUUUAGUUAUCAGUGUUUGGGACUAUGACAUAAUGAGUAAGAACGAUUUUAUCGGUGAAGUAAGACUUGCGUCCGCAACACUGAACAAUUCUUCCGUUGGAAUUGCUGGACAGCAACAAUGGCUAGAAAUGAUGAGCACAAAUAGGCCCGCUGUUCACUGGCAUACAUUGCAACCAAAAUUAUAA